AUGCCCGCCUCGACGCCGCUCGUCCCCUUCGCCCCAGCCUUCGUUGAGUGGCACUGCUCCGACCAAAAUGCCACCACCUAUCUCGGCCACAGGCAUCCGCGCCCUCCUUGCCAGCUAGCCCUCGAGAUCCGCUUCGAAGAGGCUGAAAACGCCGCUUUCUUCAAGCUCCGCUGCCCUGUCGCUCUCAAAGCAUGCCCCAAGAAAACGAAUGUAUUUGUCUUCGUCCUGCCAGACCGCAUCCUCAGCCUGGAUGCUAGGUCGGAUACCGAUGCCGCUGUUCCAGAGCCUGUAAGGCAGGGUCUGGUGCAGGCAAAGGCAUGCUCUUCAUCCGAUCCCAUCUGUAGCCUUCGCUUCACCCUCUCCAAGCCUCCUGUCGUCAUCGUCCCAGCAGCAACGUCACUCGCUCCCGCUACAACAGCAUCAGGCAUUAUCUUGAAUUCUCUCCAGUCCUUCGCUCAAACCACCGACUUCACAAUACACCUCCCAGAGAAGCAAAUUUGCCAGCAGCGUUUAAUAUCGCUAUGCACCAUGGCUCGUGAUGGCGGUCUGAAGACCAUGUCUAGUCAGAUGGACCUCACAAGUCUGCACAAAGGCAAAGGUGCAGAAAUGGUUGAAGGUGCUGAUCUUCAUAUUCCCUCGCCUGUUGAGAGCCCGCCAUCAUACGAUGAACUCAGUCUUUCUCCGCCCCCUCCACCCAUCUCUGGAAAAGAUGCAAAGACCCGGGCGCGGGAUCCCCCCUCUCCCGGCCCUAGCGCAAAAAAGCCCAAGCUAGCCCCUUCGCCGUUAGAAGACCUAGGUGUGCAACAGCAGAUGCUUGAGAAUCAAGUAGCCAAGUUGGUGAACAAAGCGCUCGACGGCUUCAGAUGCGAAAUGCGCCAAGAGAUGCAAGAACGCUUGCAACAGCUAGAAGAGAAGUUUGAGAAGAAGAUUGACGACUUGGCCCAGGAGCUUAGGGACGAAGUCGGCGACGAUAUGGAGAAUGUGCGGUGUGAGGCGACUGAGCUGGCGGAUAUGCGGGUCGAGGAGCAGAUGUUGAUUGUGAAAGAUGAGUUGAGGCUGCACGUGGAGGAGGAGAUGAAGGACGUGGAGGAUAGGAUCAAGGACAGGGUUUGCUCGGCCACUUUGACGUUGGAUUUUGAUUGA